AUGAUUCCACCGGCUACAACAUCUUCAAAACAUUCAGACAAACAAAUUAAUCCAAUAACGGGUCAAUACUUUGAGGAUGAAGCACCUUCAUUAUCUGAUAUGACAGACGAAGACAGAGAAAGAGAAGCAGAACGAUUGUUUGUAUUGUUUGAAAGGCUUAAAAAAACGGGCGUUAUGGAUGUUGUUAAUCCUGUGGAAGAAGCU